UGGAGCGAUAGAAAAAAUGGCGGCUGCGGUGUUUUGAGUUCUAAUUUGAAAUCGUAUCGUUUAUAACAAAAUGCUCGAGCUAAGCGGUGUCUUGGUGACAGAAAAUCUGUUUUAAUGCUUUUAAGGGGGCUCUGGUUUCUUAUCUAUGGGCUCAAAUGAUGUUAUCGCAGUGCAUCAGUCAGUUUUGGGCAGCUGUGUUUGCUCUUCAGCUGAUGUGACUUCCUUGCCAGAUCCAUAUGAUGUUGCAAGAAAUUUGCUGUCAGGCUUUUGUGAUUAUAAAAGACUGAGGCAUAUUCCCUCCAGAGAAUUUAAGCCAUGGUAUGGUAAGUGUAAGCUCUUGCUGUGCCCAAUCAUACCACUUGCAUCUCCUGAUCGUUUACGGUCAAUAGUGGCCACCGCAAUAAACUCACCACAAAAAAACUCGCCACCACAAAGAAUCAAAUCGCCACCGGAGGCAACUACAUCGAAUGAAAGCUAAGUUGUGGUAGUGUUUUGCGAAAUAAGAAGCGCGAACAAAUACGACGAAAGGAACUCAAACUUUAUGUCGUGUCUCAAGUAUGGAACGUUAACCGUUAAAUAAAUAAAACACUAUGAUGUCACUGAGAUUGAUCAGUUUACGUACGGGGAAAACAGAUGAAACCGCAUGAAACUUUCAUCAAAUGAAAGCUAAAAUGUUGUAGCAUUCAAAUGUGUUUUUUCAGUAAAGGGCAAAAAUGUAACUAUGCAUAAUUAAUCAUUGUUUGAUUUGAGAAAACGUGUCACUGUUCAAUUUCCUAGGGUUUCAUUUGAGAAGACAUGUCAAAAACUUGGGCUUUCUGCUUCAUUACAGGUUCCAAACACCAAACACCAUCUGUUUCGUAGUGUUUGGUUCCUGGGAUAAAGCACUUGCCCUCAUUUUUGACUUUUGACUUCUUGUUUUUUGGGCUUUGCAGGACACAGUUUUAUAAAUGAAUAAGGGUGUUGACAUUUGGAGUGUUAGCCCUUCAUCAGAGUGAUCACUCUGACAAAGGGCUAACACUCAAAACGUCAGCCUUUUAACUCUUUAUGGUGGCCAAUUUAUGUUUUCAACUCAGUUGUUAACUCUAAAUUACUUGCCACAGUUUUUUUUAAGACAGUCAUGUUACUAACCUAAAACAAGCAUUUUGGAGUGAAUUUGAAUGGCAUUUUGGGCAAUUUGAGGACUUGUUAACUCAUCAGUCUUCCUUAUGGGUGCCAUAGGGAACUUAUAAAGAACUUUGCGUAGAAUAUACUGCCGAUGUUGUUGCGCAAAAGGUCAAACAAAUUAGAAGAGAUAAUUAUUGUUUGGCUUCUUCUGUGUUUCUUUUGAAUUUCUCUGAGAUUUUAACCAUUAUUGUGAUAUAAAAGCUCUUUCCGUUACCAAAUGGCAUUUAAUAAAACUACAGCUUUUCCAUCCUUUGGAAUCAUAGUAUAAUACUAUGAAAGCUGCAAAAAGCUCCCUCUCCUACCACUUUUAUUUCUAGGGCUUCUAGACAGGACCUCAUCAGAGAAUGGUGCUCAAUUAAUAAGAAAAAUACAAAGGGAAAUUUUGUAAUUAAUUUUUCUCCUUUGAAAUGUUGCCCUGAGUUAAUGAAAACCUCAUACAAUCUACAUUUCUUUGCUAAGUGGAAAAUUUGUAAAAUUGUUCAAACACAUGCAAAUUAGGUAAUUAUUAUUAUGAUGAAGUGCUACCAAGUCCAAAUGGAUAACAACACUACGACUGUAAUGGAGAUUUUCUUUUUUAGGGAAAUGCAGGAAUGGGAAUACAGACAGAGGUUUAUUGCAGAAAUGACUGUAUUACAUUAACCUUUUACAGCCCAACAUCAGUAUCUGUAUUCUCUAUACUUUACCCUAUUCAUUUCCUUUGGUACUGACAAGGAGAACUUGGUUAACAAUCAAAGCUUAUAAAGUUGGCAGUCAUUUCCUUUAUUGUUAUCAAAUGACAGCUCUUGAUGAAUGAUUCAGCAGUAGUGCUGUUAAGAGAAAUUAGAUGCUGGUCACUCCUAGGGUUUAACAGGUUAAUAUUUCUUCUUGUUUCUUUCUUUAUAGAUGAGAGUACCUUAACCUGUUUGUGCUUCAAGGUACUUCCCCCAAAGUUGACAGUGAUUUCAGAACUGACACCAAACCAAUCAUCAGUUUUAAGGCAAAACUUCCUAUCAACAAGUGACAACUUACUUGACUUUUCACCUGUGUAUUCUGGUAAAUCAGGCUUAAAAAAAGCACAGCUGAAGAAAGGUGAUCAUCAGGGUAGUUGUGAUGACAAAGAGAAGAUUGUGAGCAGAACAUGUAACAAUCAUCCCGCAGAACACCAUAGCCCCUGGAGUAGGGGUGGUAGUGUAGAUUGUUCUAAAUGUGGAAGUGGAAAGAGCAAACUGUUGGAGGAAGCUCUAAAUCCUAUAAAUACCUCAGCCAAAUCGGUAAGUGUUGGAAAAGAUAGAGAAACACACAAAAGCUAUCUUGUGUGAUCCCCUUACUUUUCACCUUCUGUUUAUACUCUUAUCCACACAAUUCGAAUAUUAUUUUGCGAAAAAAUUACGAGAACAGUCAAACUUAUCAGCAAGGGGAUGUUGUCUUGAAAUAACACCAAAGCCCAGUCAUUCAAUGGGAAUUACCACAGUCCAAAGGAUAAAUGGCUAUCCAGUGGAUAAGUGUUGUAUUCGGUGGAUAUUGCUAUCCAACCUUCAGACAACUAGAGUCAGAUUCUCUUCCCUAAUUUACAAGGAAAGCUAUGACCAUCAAUUGGGAGAGUUACCAGAUGGAUCCUGGAACUUAGCUGGAUGUUAAUCUAUUACAUCUGUAGACUUAUUGGCAAUGUUCACUAAGAAACAAAGAUCAUUAUUUUGGGUUACUUGAAAUUUUUUUUAAUUUUGGCUAAUUAUUCUUUUCUUUUCUAUGUCAAGUUGUGGUGUGUCAGUCCUCCACAUAUCAAUUGCAGGAAAGGGAAAGAAAAAGAGACUGUUUUGGAAAAAUUCAAGGAGACAGACCUUCUCCAAGUGAAGCAACAGUAUGGAUUGGAUUAUCAUCAACGAGGAAAAUGGAUUGUUUGUGCCAAAAAAGGUUCCUUAAAAGGUACAUGAAUUACCUUCUUUUAUAUAUACCAGUUUAAGUUUGUCAAUAGAGUCAUUCAUUCUAAUUAUGUCAUUAUCAUGUGAUUGCCUUGGUAUCUUUGAAGAAUUUACUGCUGUAUUACUGUAAGUAGCUCAUUCAGGCCUUUGGACCACUGACUGGUAAGGAUGGGCCAAUAUAGUUUUUCCAAAUCAAUACAAUACCAAGUAUGAUACUGAUGUUUUUCUGUAAUAUCGAUAUUGAUAUCGAUACUGUGAUUGUAGUAUUGAAAGCAUCAAUACAUUUUGCCAGUGUAUGGAUAUUGUGCAAGUAGACCUCAGCAUUGCUGGUAUGGAAUAUUUGGUAUCAGUAUUGGCCUAUCCUUACUUAAUGGCUCAGAAAAGAGCUGGCCAUGUUGUUUUGUUUGUCUGUACAUUCUCAUGAUGUUGCAAAAUAUUAUUUGGGUAUCUUUCAUGGAAGUAUGCUUGUUACAGUUGUAGCUAGCUCUUGGGACAUUGUUUAAAUUUUGCAUGCUGUAGUUAGUCUGUGAGAACUAGUUUAAUUGUGUUUUCACUUAUUUUGUAGAACUCCUUUAUUGCUAUAGCUAAAUAAAUGAGUUAAAACAGGAAGGUUGUUUCUUCAAUUUGUGUUUGCAAAACAACUUUUUAUAUUGCAGAUUCAUUUUCAUUAUCAAAUUGUCCAAUUUCUUUUUAAAUCAAAUAUAGCUAGUUAGUAAUUGAACAUUAUACCUUAUAAAUUAAUAGAAUUAGCCAGUGCCUCUAAUUCCUCUGGUCAUCUUGUUACUCACUGGUUCACUGCUUAUACCAUAGCACUAAUGAGAGGGUAACUGCCGAUUAACAUUGACUUUUCGCUGUGAGCCUGGUUGAUUUUGAAAUUCUCUCUCAAUUGCUUCUGGUUAUUGCUAAGAAAAGAGGCAUUGGUCCUAGAAUGAUAAGGUUAGGGUUAGCGUUAGGGUUAUGUGCCAAUAAAUCAGAGGCCUCAAUGUCCCCCCCCAGAAAACCUGCAGGCAUUUGACCCUCGUCCAUGCCCAGGGGGUAGAGAAUUUGCACCUUGCUUGUUUGGAGAAUUUGAACCAGAAGUGGAAAGUCUUUCUCACAGAAUACAAGUAUCUUUAAAGGUUAACAGUUCACUUUGGCAAGUAAGUGGCUCAGAAGAAAAGGUCUACAAGGUGAACGUUUUAAAGUUUGGUCAAUUUGUUUAAAGUCAUUGUGGCUGAUUUUGCUUUUAUAAAAUAUUGAUGAUGAAAUCCGGCACUUGGGUGUGGUACUUGAACACAAUUUCACACUGGGGAGCAGUACAAAAGUUCAAAUGCCUUGGGAAUUGCUGAGGGGGGAGGGGGGGAUGUUGAAGCUUCAAAUUGAUUGUCACAUUAGAAUUAGGCUUGGGUCAGGUAUGAUUGAUCAUAGAGGUGUUCUUUUUUGCAAUACAGAGGAGAAUUUCACAAUAAAACAACUUUGGAAGAAAGUAUGCUCAUUGAUCCAAGAAGGUUGUCUUCCUUACUGCAAUGCAAAACUUCAGGUCAGGAAUUUAACCAUGGAGUAUUCUUAUGUAUGUUGAGAAAUAUGCUGACAUUGCCAGUAAUAACACUAAGACAAGGCAUGUAAUCUAGGGAAAGACUUUCAACCAUAACAGCUUUUCUAUCAUUAGUUUAGAUGUAUUACUUGUCUAUCAUUAGUUUAAAUGGAUUACUUGUGAACUGUUAGGAAACAUGGUGGAACAGUGAUAGGUAACUUGCUACAGACUACUAGGCAGUGAACUCAGAUUCAUGUGGCUUUUUACAGACAUUGCAAGAUGAGGUGUGGGUGUACUGUGACUUUGAACACUCAUUAAAGGUAAGCCUCAAAUGUAAGGCUUGGUGUCAUUUUGAUGAGCAAAUUCUACUUGAGAGUAAAGGGAAAUGUAGUAGUAUAAUGGUAAGCAUGCUGUUCUUUGGUUGGACAAGUCUGGGUUCUUAUCCCCCCUAGAAGUUUGAGUAUGUUCACCCUUUACAUCCUUACAUCAGUAUGCAAGUUCUCCAUACUGUUAUUUAUACAUUUCCUAUAGUGCUUGUUAGGAGAAUUUGUCUAACAGUCAAGAGCUUCUUGAGUUUGUAAUAAUUUACUAUAUUCUUGUGACCCUAAUGUUUGAUUUAUUGGUGAUACUGUUUAGAGAAAUCAGAUGCUUAUCAUUCUUGGGGGUUAAAGGGUGAAUAUACCUGUAAAAUUUUCAGGGUAGCCUGACAAAUUGAGGUGGGUGGAGGUGGGGGAAGGUUGGGGGGGUGGGGGGGGGGAACCAGUAUCAAUGUUCCUAGUUGCUUCAUACUGUGAACUAUGGUAGGCUGUGCUUGACAAAACAUAGUGCAAAAAAUGUUGUGUAACGUACCGUCAGUGGCAAGAAACGUUGCGCAAGGAUACAUGAAGGUCCAAGGAGACUAUUUAGAAGUGUUUAGAUCAAGUAUAGAAGUGUAUGACGGAAAGACGUACUUCAACUAGCAAGUUUCGCAUUGAUUUGAUGACUAUUUCUUCUCUCAUAUACAGGUCAGAAGUACCUUAGAAGAGGCCCUUGGAAAUUUCUUCCUGGAAAUUUCUUUCGUCGUUCAUCCUGUUGGCGUUGUUAUGGAACUAUGA